AUGUCUACUGUCUCCACUACCGAUUUCAAGCACCCUCAGGUCUACCUGAACAACGACAAGAACUCCUUUGCAUACACCUCUUCUCGGGAUCGAUGGCCUCACAUCCUCACUGGUGUCAUUGACGAUGUUCACAAGACCAUUGCCGAGACCCCCGAGGGAGAGAAGCGAGAUGAGCUCAAGAAGGUCCUCGAGCAAAUCACCGCUCUCAAGCACGAUGUUGAGCACGACAAGCCCCUGAAGGAGCUUCCCAACGUUGCCGACGACAUCCCCGUUUACAACCGUCUGCUUAAGGAGAACCCUACUUCCUGGCUUCAGGGCGGAUGGGUCUUUGUUGAGUGCUACCUCUACCGAGAGCUCCAGGUCUACUUUGAUCAGACCAAGAACUGGAAGACUUACGACAUCUUCAGCCGUCAGAAGGAGGAUGCUUUCAAGGCCUCUUCUGCUGGUGUCUCCGAGCUCGCUACGCGGUACAAGGCCCUUGCUGAGCAGCUUAACGGCGUCUCUGACGAGGCCACCCUCAAGGAGCUCUUCAAGGAGUUCUCUGAUAUCUCUCUCUGGGGUAACGCUACUGAUCUUUCUCUGCUGACAACCAUGUCUCUUGAGGAAAUCAAGAACCUCCAGGGAGCUGAUGUCCGAAAGAAGAACGAGGAGAAGAUUCUCGUCAACCACAUUGAGAAGGCUUGGGACGUUCUGUACGCUGACUCUAAGCAGAACGAUGGCUCUCGAGUAGACAUUAUUCUCGAUAACGCCGGCUUUGAGCUUUAUGCCGACCUGUCUCUUGUCCUCUUCCUGCUUGACUCGAAGCUUGCCAAGAACGUCAUUCUCCACCCUAAGAAUAUCCCCUGGUUCGUUUCUGAUGUUCUUCCCAUCGAUCUUGUGAAGACCAUCAACUACCUCAAGGACUCCUCCUUCUUCCCCGAAGGCCGAGAGCAGAUUGACUACUUUGUCUCUAAGCUUCAGGGAUACCUUGAUGAUGGCUCUCUGUCUGUCAGAACCUCAGCCUUCUGGACCACCCCCCACUUCUUCUGGGAUAUCUAUCCUCAGGGUAUCGAUGGUGGCUCCCAGGUCUGGGAGGACAUCAAGGAUUCCGCUCUGGUUAUCCUCAAGGGUGAUCUCAACUACCGAAAGCUCACUUGUGAUGCUGAGUGGCCUCGAGACACGUCUUUCCACACCGCACUCGGUCCCCUUGGAGUCCACGAUGUUCAUAUUCUGUCUUUCCGAACUUGCAAGGCAGAUGUUGUUGUUGGCCUCAAGCCUGGUCAGGAUAAGCAGCUCGAGAAGGAGUGGGUCGAGCAGGGCAACUCCAACCCUCUGUCUUGGUGCUGGUCUGGCAAGUACGCCGUCAUCGAAUUCAACGACGGUAAGAAGCAGUAA